AUGAUCGAGCUGACCAAUCUCCCCACGUGUCUGGAAAUUAUGCAGCUGCGCGAGAAGUACUUCCACUCGCCGCUGAAACUGGGCGCGGCGACGAAGCUGGGGACGGAUCCGAUCAAGCAGGCAGCGCCGUUCAUGCUGCCCAACACCAAUAUGAUCAGUCACAGCUUGUACACGCAGAGCGCGUUAAAAUUCGGCGAGUGGUAUGGGCGCAUUAUCCUUUUUCCUGUCCUCGACGAGAUGACGAGUAGGAACGAGAAAGUAAAGAGCGGAGAUUCGAGAGAGCAGCUGCAAGAAUGGCUAGCUGACUACUUCAGUACGCACGGAGCGAAAUCCAACUCGGCACAGACCCUUCCUACCACCCCACAGAAGACGGUUCGGUGGUAUGGGACAAGGCAACAGUGCCGUAUCAGACCAUUGCCACUGUCGAGUUUCCCCCACAAGACGCACUGA